AUAAAUAUCUUAAGACGGUCAUUGCAUUAUAAAUCAAGACCUUGAGCCCUAAGUACUCACAACUCACAAUCUUUCCGAUCCAAACCGAUUGAAGCGACUAGAAAUCUCUCGCAAGAUGCAGAUCUUUGUGAAAACCCUCACUGGCAAGACAAUCACUCUUGAGGUAGAAAGCUCAGAUACAAUUGACAAUGUCAAAACCAAGAUCCAGGACAAGGAGGGCAUCCCUCCAGAUCAGCAAAGACUUAUCUUUGCCGGCAAACAACUUGAAGAUGGCAGGACCCUUGCAGAUUACAAUAUUCAGAAAGAGUCCACUCUCCAUUUGGUGCUUCGUCUGCGUGGUGGAAUGCAGAUUUUUGUGAAAACACUUACUGGGAAAACCAUUACAUUGGAAGUUGAAAGUUCGGAUACUAUUGACAACGUCAAGGCCAAGAUCCAGGACAAGGAGGGUAUCCCCCCAGACCAGCAGAGGUUGAUUUUUGCUGGGAAACAGCUUGAAGAUGGAAGGACCCUCGCUGACUACAACAUCCAGAAGGAGUCCACUCUUCACUUGGUUCUUCGCCUUCGCGGUGGUAUGCAAAUUUUUGUCAAGACACUCACCGGAAAAACCAUCACCUUGGAGGUGGAAAGUUCCGAUACCAUUGACAAUGUCAAGGCCAAGAUCCAGGAUAAGGAGGGCAUUCCUCCAGACCAACAAAGGUUGAUCUUUGCAGGCAAACAGCUCGAGGAUGGGAGGACUCUUGCCGACUACAACAUCCAGAAAGAGUCCACGCUGCACUUGGUCCUUCGCCUGCGUGGUGGUAUGCAAAUUUUUGUGAAGACUCUUACAGGGAAAACCAUCACCUUGGAGGUGGAAAGUUCAGAUACCAUUGAUAAUGUCAAGGCAAAGAUCCAGGACAAGGAGGGUAUCCCACCAGACCAGCAAAGGUUGAUCUUUGCUGGAAAGCAACUUGAGGAUGGUCGCACCUUAGCUGACUACAACAUCCAGAAGGAGUCGACCCUUCACCUAGUACUCCGUCUUCGUGGUGGUAUGCAAAUCUUUGUCAAGACCCUUACUGGAAAGACCAUCACCCUUGAGGUCGAGAGUUCGGAUACCAUUGACAAUGUGAAGGCAAAGAUCCAGGACAAGGAGGGAAUCCCACCAGACCAGCAGAGAUUGAUAUUUGCUGGCAAACAGCUUGAGGAUGGAAGGACUCUGGCCGAUUAUAAUAUUCAGAAGGAGUCUACUCUACACUUGGUGUUGAGGCUGCGUGGUGGGAUGCAAAUUUUCGUGAAGACCUUGACUGGGAAAACCAUCACGCUGGAGGUGGAGAGUUCAGAUACAAUUGAUAAUGUGAAAACCAAGAUCCAGGACAAAGAGGGGAUUCCGCCAGACCAGCAGAGGUUGAUUUUUGCUGGGAAGCAACUGGAGGAUGGGCGUACUCUUGCAGAUUACAAUAUACAGAAGGAAUCGACCCUGCAUCUCGUUCUCCGCCUCCGUGGUGGUUUCUAAGUUGAAUAAUAGUUCUCUGAGGUUUCUAAGAUGGUUUUUGUUCUCGUUAUGCACUUAUGCCUGGCUUUAUUUUAGUACUUGUUCUGUGUUGGGUCGCCAUUGUGUGAUGGCUUGUUGGAGUUUUUAUAAGCAGCUUGUCUUGUUCUUUUCAGAUGGUUAUAUGCAGCUAUUAUAUAGUUUUAUUUUCAUGUUCUCUUGAACCAUUUGGUAA